GUGGGGAAGAACCUAACUCCUGCGUGUUUGUUUAUUGGACAACUCCACGCAGGUAAACCUCGACACUCAAAAUCUUCGUUCAAGAAUUACCUCCCUCAAUCCAGGGUGGGUUAACCUCACAAAUACUACGAAUGCAGUCCCCCAUCUUUGGGUUGCUCCAAUUCGUUUCUGGGUUGGGUCGGCCAAUGAAAGAACACUUCCCAGAAUUCCGUGGGGUGCAGUACGAUCAGCAACCAGGAACUACAACUCCCAGGUUCUGCGCGCCUGCAGGGGGCCGGGAUUUCUGACCGGGUCUCCCGCAGAGAGGAGAUGGCCGAGCUGUCAGGUUCUCCGCACCGCUCGUUGUACAAAUUGGUGGGCUCGCCUCCAUGGAAAGAGGCAUUUAGGCAGGGAUGCCUGGAGAGAAUGAGAAACAGCCGGGACAGGCUCCUGAACAAAUACCGCCAGGCUGGAGGCAAUAUGCUAGGAAGACCUCAGAGGACCCUUCUAGUGCAAGAGUUGAUGGAAGAAGAGUGGAAUGCUUUGCAGUCAAUGGAAAGUUGUCCACAGGCCUUGGCUCAGUGGGAGAUGCCAAUGGACUUGGCUGAGCUAGAGGAAAUCCAACAGGAGCUGACUGACCAAGAACAGUCCAUCAUCAGUGAAUAUGAGAAGAGCUUGCAGUUUGAUGAAAAGUGUCUCAGCAUCAUACUGGCUGAGUGGGAAGCAAACUCCCUCAUCUGUCCUGUGUGUACAAAGUACAACCUGAAAAUAUCAAGCGGUGUGGUCAUGUGUCAGUGUGGCCUGUACAUCCUGUCUCAUUCUCCAGAAUUGACAGAGCAGAAACUUCGUGCCUGUUUAGAGGUCCGCGUGAAUGAGCACAGUGCACAGUGUCCUCACACACCUGUGUUUUCAGUCACUGAAGGGACAGAAAAAAAGUCCAGUCUUCUCAUGAGCUGUCUGGCUUGUGAUACUUGGGCUGUGAUCAUCUAAAGCCAGCCUUCACUCACUUCGUUCUACUGGGUUGGAAACAGCUCUUUCCAUCUGAGACAAGAAGCCUUGUAAAUACAAACCUUUCAUUUAUAACUUAUUUUAUAUUAAAACUUUCCAAACAUGUA